AUGCUUACAUUGGUGGAAGGGCAAAAACAAGUGAAGGCACAAAUCCGAGAUUUACACAUCUCUCUAGACAAGAGGAGCCAAGAUAUUCAAAGAAGAGCUAGAGGGCUUGAAGACAAAGUAGAUGGAGUCUCCAAGGAAGUCAAGGAUUUAACCACUCGCUUAGCCAACUUGGAAGAGAAGAUAGCACCAAAAGGAAGAACCCUUACUCAAAGAUCUUCACAACCGCCUCCCACCAAGGAGAAGAGGAAGACAAGAUCAUCACUUGAAGAGAUCAUAGAUGAUUUCAACUUUAUGGCGAGGAGAUUCCCUUAUGGUGUGCCGUUUGAUAAUGCUUGCAACAAGAGUCCAUUCAUGCAAGACCUAGCUUGGACACAAGAUUGGAGUCUAGCUGAAAUGGAAAAGAUCUACUUUGAUGAUGCUCUUUGCGAUUCCGGUUCUAGUGUGAACCUUAUGCCGGCCGAGAUAGCCAAGAAGUUGGGAUUGAUCAAUUCAAUUGUGAAAUCUCGAAUGGAUUUAAAGCUAGCUGAUUCAUCAUUGACCGAACCACUUGGAGAGGUUAAAGACAUUCAGCUUGAUUUUGGAGGCUGCAUAGUUCCAGCCAACUUCUAUGUAGUAACCAUGAAGGAUCCGGAGGACUUAAAGCUUUUGCUUGGAAGAUCAUUCCUAGCCACAGCUGGAGCGAUCAUGGAUUGGCCUAAUAGAAGAAUCUCUCUAGCCAAUGUUGACAAGACACCUUCUACGAUGCUGCACCUCCCGGUUUCUCAUCCAAGCGAUUUCGCUACACAAGUGGAGGAGAGUGCUCACAAGUAA